CUCACACUACUUUCUUUUACUUUCCUUGCCAAUUUUCAACGACCCCAACAUCCUUCUAGCCGUCUAAUAUAACUUCAAGAUGUCUGUCUUUCUUCGUAGUCCUAUUCGGGCAUCCAUCUCUUCUCUCUUUAGAGCUUACCCUCAUAAGAUUAUACCUAUUGGAAUGCGAGCUUUCACAAGCAAAAGCAGUGCUGAAGACUCUGAUUCUGGACGUACGCACUCCACUACCCAAAGAACUAACCCUGCUACUGACAACACUAACGCCAGUGCCGGGGACAGCGAUAGCAGCAAAGACGGCUCCUCGUCAGCUAAACCUCUUGGGAAAGUCAGCGGCAUUGUUAACAGCAUUCUUCAUGGUUCCGGCUCACUGCCCAAGGUUCAAAGUCAAGAAUCAUGGGGACUUUCCCUGGCCCGAGGAAAAUAUGUUCAUGAACUUCAGAAGCACCGCAUCCGACCUGAACGAUUUGAUGAUUACGUAGAAUUAGUGUCUGAGGCUUUCCCAAGAAUGGUUAAAGAGUCCAACAAUAGACUCCGCCUGACUGGAAGUUGGCUGACGGAGAUUGGUCAAUUAGAUACUGCAGUUCACAUCUGGGAAUUUGAUGGCUAUGCAGGUCAUGUACAGGAGAUGGACCGAUUGAGGAAGGACCUAGCUUAUCAAAAGUUUUUGAAGGAUUUGCGGCCUUUACUUAUCAGUCGAGAUAACCAGAUCUGCCUCGAGUUUGCAUUCUGGAAAUCCCGACCACCAGUUGCUCUGGGAGGCAUCUAUGAGAUGAGAACCUAUCUUUUGAAGCCUGGAAAUCUACUUGAGUGGGAGACUAACUGGCGCAGAGGUUUAGAGUGCCGUCGCCAAUUCUGUGAGCCAGUCGGAGCAUGGUUCUCACAGCUUGGGGAGUUAAACUAUGUUCAUCACAUGUGGAACUAUCCGGAUCUCGAGACGCGUAAGAAGACACGCGAACAGGCCUGGAAAGUGGACGGAUGGGCAGAGACUGUGUAUAAUACAGUGAGACUGAUUGAACGGAUGGAAGCCAACAUAUUGCUUCCUAUGGGUUUUUCGUCAUUGAAAUAAAAGCUGUAGAGUAGACACUUUGAGUAGCCGGUGAUAGCCAUACAUGAUUAAAAGGUUUUUUUUAAACAA